ACUCAAUAUUAAAAUAUAUAAAUGACUAAUCUUUGUAUCAAAACACAAACAAUUCAAGAAUUUUUAAUAAUUCAACGAAUGUAAUUGUUCAAAAUACUUCUAAUCUUCUAGAAUAUUUAUGAAAUUUUUAAAUCAAAACUUGUCUACCUUAUCAGUAUGACAACAGUUAAAGUACACGGAGGUAUUGACAUACGGCGGUUACCUGUCAACCAAGAGGAACAUAUCUUUCCUCCCUGGCAGAUAAAGUACACUCAGUCCCAUAUAUUGCACUCCAAGUGCUCCAAACAUGAAGAAUCUUGUCCUGCUGAUAGUGAUCCUUGUCAAUUUUGCGAGUACAACAGAGCGUUGGAGAUGCCUCACAUGCCGGACAUGGUAUUCCCCAACAAUAUUUUGACUUUGAAGCAUCAUGGAAAAGCCGAGCUUAACUUCAAUGCGCUUGAUGCGUUAAAACUUGUCGCCAAUGGGAACAUUAAUGUGAAAUUGGCUUGUGCUGAUGCUUGGCAAGAAUCACGAUCAAAUUGCAAAGAAUAUCUUCAAAAGAAGGUAAAACCAUUUGACUGGACUUUCACCACCGAAUACAUGGGCACUUGUAAAGGUUUUCAAAUUGAGGAAACUGAUGAGAGAAUUGAUUUGGAAAAGCUCAAGAGGAAGGAUAAAAUUUUGUUUUAUCAUGAGCUUACACUUUUUGAAGAUGAGCUUCAUGAUAAUGGAAUAGCUUCUUUGACAGUAAAAAUUAGAGUAAUGCCUGGAAGUUUAUUCAUUUUAUUAAGAUAUUUUCUGAGAAUCGACAAUGUAAUGAUGAAAGUCAAUGACACCAGAAUAUACCAUGAAUUCCAUAAAAAAUAUUUAAUACGUGAAUAUACGAGCAGAGAAGCUGAAGUGGAAGAAUUGACGGUUCCUUAUUCAUUAUUUGUGGAUCCAAGUCAAAUAGCGCCUCAUCUACCUCUGAAUAUUUCAUUAUACCAUAAACUAACGAUUCCUGAGGCCGAUUCUUCGUCUCAAUCAAAAUCAUCCAGCGAACCAGAGCCUAAGCAAUCAAACGAAGCCAAUCAUGAGACUUGAAGUAGAACAAGAAUAAUUUCUUCGCAAUUAAAUGUCUUCAAAAUUUUUGUAUAAAACGCCCAAUUGUAACAAAUGUCUGGGUGAAUAAAUAAUUUUCUGCGUAUUUUAUAAA